AGUAACAUAUAAUAAUGAAUAAAAUAAAUAAUUAAAAAAAAAGUAAUAUCUUAAAAAUUUCAACACAAGGACUGCAGGAAUGUGAACUUUAAUGCUGGAUCUCCACCGAAGGCAACGGAAAUCUUGUUGCCAAAGUUGCGCACUGGCGCACAAAUGCCGUUUCUCCAUGUUGCCGUUGCUUCCAGUUCAAGAGUUGGAAACGAUUCAACUUUUGUUGCCGUUGCCAAUCCUAGUAGCCAAUCAGAUUCGUUGCUAGUUUUCGCUCCCAAACCUCGUGUUUUGAUCUCGCACGUGAAAGAAGCGAAGCUGCAAUUAGAAUUUUAAAAUUUGCUUAUGUAAAAGUUAAGAAAAAUUUGGUUAAGAAUUAUUAAAGAAAAUGGAAGAACAAUUAAUUGACUACGUAAGAAAUAGCCCAUGGCUAUAUGAUUAUAGCCGUGCGGAUUUUAGAGACGCAGAAAAAAAGAUGCAAACUUGGAUAAAAAUAGCUGAAAAGCUUAGCAUAGAUGCAACUGAAGCCAAACGGAAGUGGAAAUGUCUCAGAGCUUCCUUCGUAAGAGAAAAAGAACUGGGGCCUAGUGGCACUGCUGCAAAAAAGAAGGUCGAGUGGAUACACAUGAAGGCAAUGUCAUUUUUACAUGGCCAUGUCAGAGAGAAGCGGGAGACUUACAGUAAUUAUGAACAACCGACUUCUUCGAUUUCUCAACCAGCUGAAAUUCCUAGUAAGCAAAACUAAAAAAAAAAAUUUAUUACUUAUUUCAAAGCCCAUUGUUUACUCACAGGAUAUUAAUGUCCAGUUUUUUAUUAGCGAAAAAAUCCCUAUCACAAUUUUCAUAUUUUUCGCAAAGAAUGUUUCGAAUACACAUUCUUUGCGAUCCUAUAUUCUGA